AUGCAACGUUCUGUUUCUUGGCCAAUAAAUUCUUCCUAUUUUCCAAACCCUGAUUCAUAUAUUCUUGGCAACAUAGACAUGGACUACUUGAUUGAUGUUAUUGGUAUUUUGUCUUCUGUUGGUCGUGAAAGGGUGUAUGAAAGGAAUUGUGUAGCUACUAAAUUUAAAUUUAUUGAGUUGGAAUCCAAUUGCUUGGGUGCACACUAUUUGGAUCGUAUGUUGAUGCCCUUGACGACUUUGUACAAUCUCGCUGUAAUGAACUCUACCAAGAUUUUGUUCAACCCUGAAAUUCUUGAGGCAGAAAAAUUGAAGAAUAUUAUUUGUAUUGUGUUAGGGACAAACAAACAUGUUAUCGGUGGCAAGGAUUGGUGGUAUACUGGAUGUGUCUGCAACAAGGGUGUUGCUUCUAGGGAUGACAAAAAAAUCCGUACUCGCAGAUAUCUGCAGAUAAAAUCCGUCACGGAUACGGGGCAGGUUGUUCGGCCAACCAUUUUGCCAACAGUUAUUGGUGAAUUGGUUGAACAAACUAUGCUCUUUAAGAUAGUUGUGAACAAUGACGUGAACUUUAGGUUUGAACAGUCAUUUCAUGUAAAAAAAUUGUGUCCUGGCCAAGAUGUUGUGGCUACAUUCAAAAAUGUUAUUAAGAAUUUUGGUGGUGUUGAGGAUGAUUUUCCUGCUGGUGUUGUUCAUAAUGACAUAGAUGCUGGUGUAGUUCAGGAUUUGGGCAUCAAGUUUGAGAACAUUGUUAUUAAGGAGAAAUAUGGAGAUAAUGGUUCGACGUCCAAACAUAUUAAAGAAAAUGCCGCUGAAAGCACUCCUGUUAAAGGGGCAUAG